AAUACAACUGCAACUUUGUCCCAUUCAUAAAUGUGGUGUGGAGAUACUACAAAUGCAACUCUGUCUGAAGCUUUUGUCAUUUGCUCCAGUCGUUCCUUCAUGGUAUGCCUUGUUAGUUUGUGUUGUAUAAUUGCUCUGUCUCUUCCACCAGCGCUCAGCAUCGGUAACACGGAAGUCAUCACUUUAUCAUGAAGUCACAUAUGCGUCCUGUAAAUAUGUUUCUUCAGUACUUGCUUCUAUUCCUUAUGCUCCCACUUUGCAGCUCCACUGACACCAUAACUCCCAACCAACCCUUCAGAGAUGGUGACCUUCUAGUCUCUAAACAGUCCAGGUUCGCUCUUGGCUUCUUCAGUCCACGGAAUUCUACACUCCGAUAUAUUGGAGUUUGGUACAACACAAUUCGUGAACAAACCGUUGUAUGGGUUCUUAACAGAGACGAUCCUAUCAACGAUACCUCCGGAGUCCUCUCCAUCAACACUUCUGGAAACCUCCUUCUGCACCGCGGAAACACUCAUGUAUGGUCCACAAACGUUUCCAUCUCAUCAGUGAACCCUACUGUGGCUCAGCUGUUAGAUACCGGAAACCUAGUCUUGAUCCAUAACGGUGACAAGAGGGUUGUGUGGCAAGGCUUUGAUUAUCCCACAGAUAAUUGGAUUCCCCACAUGAAACUCGGACUGAAUCGGAGAACCAGUUUCAACAUGUUCCUAACUUCUUGGAAGUCCCCAACCGACCCAGGAACCGGGAAAUACUCGUAUAGAUUUAACGCCAGUGGGUCUCCUCAAAUAUUUUUGUACCAGGGUUCAGAGCCGCUAUGGAGAACCGGUAACUGGAACGGGCUCCGGUGGAGCAGUCUGCCGGAGAUGAAGUACAUAUUCGAACUCAAAAUUAUCUUUUUGAACAAUCAAGAUGAAAUCUCUGAGAUGUUUACUAUGGUCAACGCGUCGAUUCUCGAGCGGCUGACGGUGGACCACGAGGGAUAUAUCCAGCGGAACAUGUGGCAGGAAACGGAAGGCAAAUGGUUCAGCUUCUACACAGCCCCAAGGGACAGGUGCGACAGGUACGGCCGGUGCGGACCCAACAGCAACUGCGACAACAGCCAGGCCGAGUUUGAGUGCACGUGCCUGGCGGGGUUCGAGCCCAAGUCGCCACGAAACUGGUUCUUGAAAGACGGCACAGCGGGAUGUCUGAGGAAGGAAGGAGCGAAGGUGUGCGGGAACGGGGAAGGGUUUGUGAAGGUGGGAGGUGCGAAGCCCCCAGAUACAUCGGUGGCACGUGUGAACAUGAACAUCAGCGUGGAAGCGUGUAGAGAGGGGUGCCUGAAGGAGUGUUCUUGCAGUGGAUACGCGGCUGCAAAUGUGAGUGGAAGUGGGAGUGGGUGCUUGUCUUGGCAUGGGGACUUGGUGGAUACAAGAGUGUUUCCUGAAGGGGGCCAAGAUUUAUAUGUGCGUGUGGAUGCCAUCACUCUAGCUGAAAAUCAAAAGCAGUCAAAAGGUUUCCUUGCGAAGAAGGGGAUGAUGGCAGUUUUGGUGGUGGGGGCUACUGUGAUUAUGGUUCUGUUGGUCUCCACAUUUUGGUUCUUAAGGAAGAAGAUGAAAGGGAGAGGAAGACAAAACAAAAUGUUGUAUAAUUCGAGACCUGGUGCUACAUGGCUGCAAGACUCUCCAGGAGCUAAGGAGCAUGAUGAAAGUACAACCAAUUCUCAAUUACAAUUCUUUGAUCUGAACACCAUAGCUGAAGCCACAAAUAAUUUCUCUUUUGAGAACGAACUUGGACGUGGUGGUUUUGGCUCAGUUUAUAAGGGUCAACUAUCUAAUGGACAAGAAAUAGCUGUGAAAAAAUUAUCAAAGGAUUCGGGACAAGGAAAAGAAGAAUUUAAGAAUGAAGCAACACUUAUUGCAAAACUCCAACACGUGAAUCUUGUGAGGCUUUUGGGUUGUUGCAUUAGAGAAGAAGAGAAGAUGUUAGUCUAUGAGUACUUGCCAAACAAAAGUUUAGACUCUUUCAUUUUCGAUGAAACAAAGAAGUCAUUGUUAGAUUGGAGGAAACGCUUUGAAAUUAUUGUCGGAAUUGCUCGAGGAAUCUUAUAUCUUCAUGAGGACUCUAGAUUAAGAAUCAUACACAGAGAUCUAAAAGCAAGCAAUGUUCUACUCGAUGCCGAAAUGCUUCCAAAAAUUUCAGAUUUUGGCUUGGCUAGAAUAUUUCGAGGAAAUCAAAUGGAAGGAAACACAAAUCGAGUAGUUGGAACAUAUGGUUACAUGUCACCUGAGUAUGCGAUGGAAGGGUUAUUUUCAACAAAAUCCGAUGUCUAUAGCUUCGGAGUUUUGUUGUUAGAGAUUAUUACUGGGAGAAAAAAUAGCACUUAUUAUCAAGACAAUCCAUCCAUGAGCUUAAUUGGACAUGUUUGGAACUUAUGGGAAGAAGACAAAGCCUUGGAUUUAAUCGACCCGUCACUAGAAAAGUCAUACCCUGCAGAUGAAGUAUUGAGAUGCAUCCAAAUUGGGCUCUUAUGUGUCCAAGAAUCUGUAACGGAUCGACCUACCAUGUUGACUAUUAUUUUCAUGUUAGGUAACAACUCUGCUCUUUCUUUUCCUAAACAGCCUGCAUUUAUUUCAAAAACAACUCACAAGGGUGAAGAUCUAUCAUGCUCUGGUGAGGGACUUUUAUCUGUAAAUAAUGUGACCAUGACUGUGCUUCAACCUCGCUAAAUGCUUACACUCUCACAUGUUGUAUGUUUAUCCUCCAUGACAAUGAACAGUACAAGAAAAAAGCCUUUCGUUGACUGUUUUUCACCA